AUGCCGGAACCGGCAACAAACAGCUCGCUGGCGCGCUCGAGCCGGGUGAAGCGGCAGCUGGUGAUCCCGAACGGCCUGACCAUUGGCAUUAUCCCGCGCUUCGACUACACCGUCUUCCAAAACGCCAACGGAGAGCAGCUGGUGGUCAGCGUGGACGUCGAGAUCGACUACACGUUUCCCUCGUCGUCGGCUUCGGGGAAGAGUGGUCUGAACCGCAUCUCGCGACUUCUGUAUGACAAGCAGACGAUCUACUCCGGCCUCGAGACGGCGUUUACCAGGUUCGGCCUGAACGGCCGCGCCUGCACUCUGAGGGCCAUCUGCGAGGUGGGCGAGACUCCAGACCACCAGGACGGCCUGCUGGGAGACCUGCUGGGCUACCUGCUCUCGGCCUCCUACGGCGUAGGCCGGCGCUCAGAGCUGAAAGAGUACUACCAGGCUGAGUACUACGGACGGAAGUACGGCCACUGCGCCUCCGCCUUCCACACCUGCCCCAUCUCCAUCUUCGCGCUCGUGUCGGCGGACGAGGCUGACGCAGAUGGGAAGGACGAGGAAGCGCGGGACGAUGAUGAGAAGUGACCGCGGCUGUGGCGUCGCGACGCUACUCCGGACUGCGGUUAUGAUGUCACGCAGCUCCCGGGAACAGCGGUCAUGGUGUCAUGCCGUUGCUACGUAUCGCGGUCAUGGUGUUAUGCUGUUCCUCCGGACGGCGGUCGUGGUGUUAUGCUGUUCCUCCGGAUUGCAGUCAUGGUGUCAUGCUGCUCCUCCGGAUUGCAGUCAUGGUGUCAUGCUGUUCCUCCGGACGGCGGUCGUGGUGUUAUGCUGUUCCUCCGGAUUGCAGUCAUGGUGUCAUGCUGCUCCUCCGGAUUGCAGUCAUGGUGUCGUGCUGCUCAUUCGGACAGCGGUCAUGUGGUGGUGCCGC